CGGACUUCUGAAAACAAAAGAAGAGACCACUUUUAUAACAAUGAAUAAUAAAAAUAUUGAUUCCUUUCAUGUACAUAUUAUAUGCAGGCAAUGGAGUUCUCCUAGUGGAAGAAGGUCAAACAACAUCAGUUUUUCUAUUAUGAACAAGUUUAAUGGACGAGGAAGCAGACAAAUUUGGCAAAGUAAUUGAGCUGUUCUUUUCAAGCUAACUGUUGAACUUUGUUGCAGGAUUCAGUCUGUCCAAUCCUCCAAGUAGUUUCAUCAAUUCCAUCAUGUAAACUCCUUGAAGAAACAUGUGAGAGGCAAUUUGCAAUGCACUUUGACUAUUACACAACUGCAAGCUGUGGUUUCAUCUUGUUAGAUGAAGCAACUUUUAGGAGCAUUAUUCAGCAUCUGGACCUAACAGUUACAUCUGAAGAGAGAGUUCUUGAUGCAAUUUUAAUGUGGUCCACUAAAGCAGAGAAGUUGUGUGGGUGGGAAGUAGUGGAUGAGCUGAUGAUGAAUUCAACCCCAGAACAUCUAUUCAAGGAGAGGGUUCAAUUGGUUAAUGACUUAUUGCCUUCUGUGCGUUUCCCAUUGUUGCCACAUCCCUUGCUUAAGAAGUUGGAAAAUACCAACCUCAGCAGACACAUUUCUGCUUUUGGCAAGCUUGUGGAGGAGGCAAUCAGUUAUGUAGACUAUGGAUUGGCAAGACCAAAUGACCACAAUGUAAGAUUUCAACAUAGACGGUCAAGUUUUAAGGAGCUACAGUACAUAUGUGAUGGGGAUAGCAAUGGAGUUCUGUACUUCUCAGGGACAUCAUAUGGGGAACAUCAAUGGGUGAACCCUGUUCUAGCCAAGAGGAUAACCAUUACAGCUAGCAGUCCCAAUUCAAGAUUCACUGAUCCUAAAGUCUUGGCCUCAAGAACUUACCAGGGAAUGUCUUUCGCUGGGCCUCGAAUUGAAAAUGGGCAUACCUCUGCUUGGUGGAUGGUUGACCUUGGCCAAGAUCAUCAGCUUAUGUGCAACUACUAUACACUGAGACAGGAUGGCUCCAGGGCAUACAUAAGAUUUUGGAAAUUUCAGGGGUCCAUGGAUGGAAGGGCUUGGAUAGACUUGAGGGUACAUGAGAAUGAUCAAACAAUGUGCAAGCCUGGUCAGUUUGCAUCGUGGCCCAUAACCGGACCUAGUGCUCUGCUUCCCUUCAGAGUCUUCAGGGUUGUCCUCACAGGUCCAACAUCUGAUGCUUCCAACCUGUGGAACUUCUGCAUUUGCUUCUUGGAACUCUAUGGUUACUUCCACUGACAAUAGUGCUCUUGGUGUGUGCAUCUAUCAUGUGCGAGUGUUUGUGUUUAUUUUGAGUAACCCCGUCAUACAGUUUUCUGAAUAAAAGUUACGUGAGUGUGUUUACUUUGGGUUACCUCUGGUACGCGGUUUUCUGAAUAGAAGUUGGAACUAGGAUUUUCCUACUUUCGAAUGAGACUGGAAGAAACUUUCUUUCCUUCAAGCAGGACGGUGACAAUGUUUUCCUGUUUUUUUGUUUUUUUUUUUUUUUUUUUUUUUUUUUUUUUUUAUUUUGAAUUAGGAUUUUGU